GCAAUGGUAUGACGCACAAAAGCAAUCUUAAGGGGAAUGUAAACUGCCCAAAAGUUCAAAAAAGUAGUGAGGGGGUCUCUGGAACGGACGGGACCCUUAAACGUGGUUUUCCUUAAUUCGCUGGGCGGCCCUGAAGGUGGUGUGGUGAGUCCUCCGCCUCGCUCUGUAAGUUUCCCCGUGCUGAACUGUAGGGUGAGGGGUGGGUGGUGGAGCAGCCUGCGCAUGUGCGUAGAGCUUGACCGCUGCAGUGAAGGAGGGCGCAUGCGCAGUGGGGCCGUGCGUGUGCGCGGCGCAGCGCACCAGUCCUGAUUCCGGCAUGGGUUGGUUGGUACCCCUCCUGUCCCUGCUGUUGCUCCUGGUCGGCGCAUGGCUCAAGCUAGGAAAUGGACAGGCUACUAGCAUGGUCCAACUGCCAGGUGGGAGAUUCCUGAUGGGAACAAAUUCUCCAGACAGCAGAGAUGGUGAAGGCCCUGUGUGGGAGGCAACAGUGAAACCCUUUGCCAUUGACAUAUUUCCUGUCACCAACAAAGAUUUCAGGGAUUUUGUCAGGGAGAAAAAGUAUCGGACAGAGGCUGAGAUGUUUGGAUGGAGCUUUGUCUUUGAGGACUUUGUCUCCGAUGAGCUGAGAAACAAAGCCACCCAGCCAAUGAAGCCUGUACUCUGGUGGCUUCCAGUGGAAAAGGCAUUUUGGAGGCAGCCUGCAGGUCCUGGCUCUGGCAUCCGAGAGAGACUGGAGCACCCAGUGUUACACGUGAGCUGGAAUGACGCCCGUGCCUACUGUGCUUGGCGGGGAAAACGGCUGCCCACGGAGGAAGAGUGGGAGUUUGCUGCCCGAGGGGGCUUGAAGGGUCAGGUUUACCCAUGGGGAAACCGGUUCCAGCCAAACCGCACCAACCUGUGGCAGGGAAGGUUCCCCAAGGGGGACAAAGCUGAGGAUGGCUUCCAUGGAGUCUCCCCAGUGAAUGCUUUCCCCGCCCAGAACAACUAUGGGCUCUAUGACCUCCUGGGCAACGUGUGGGAGUGGACAGCAUCACCAUACCAGGCCGCUGAGCAGGACAUGCGUGUCCUCCGGGGGGCAUCGUGGAUCGACACAGCUGACGGCUCUGCCAAUCACCGGGCCCGGGUCACCACCAGGAUGGGCAACACUCCAGAUUCAGCCUCAGACAACCUCGGUUUUCGCUGUGCUGCAGACGCAGGCCGGCUGCCAGGGGAGCUGUAAGCAGCCGGGUGGUGACAAGGAGAAAAGCCCUCCAGGGUCACUGUCAUUCCCUGGCCAUGUUGCAAACAGCCCAAUUCCAAGCUCGGGAGCUUCAGCCUCAGGAAAGAACUUCCCCUUCCCUGUCUCCCAUCCCUCUGUGGCAGGCACCUCUCACCAGGGCAGGAGAGGACUCAGCCUCCUGUGUUUUGGAGAAGGGGCCCAAUGUGUUGAAGGUGGCUGGGAGCCAGGUGUUUCUCUUACAGGCCAAGUAUUAUUGACACAGGGGCAAACAUGCAAACAAUUAGAACAGAGGGCUCUGAAAGGCCAUUUGUUAAGCAUUUUAAAAUCUAUUCUCUCUCUUUCUCCCUGGAUGAUUCAGGAAGCUGACAUUGUUUCCUCAAGGCAGAAUUUCCCUUGUUCUGUUUUCUCAGCCAAUUGUUGUGGAAGGAGAAUGCUUUCUUGGUGGCCUCAUCUGUGGUUUUGUGUCCCUCUGAAGAAGGAAACUAGUUUCCACUGUGUAACAGGCAAAACGUGUAACUAAAGCACAGUUCAGUCCUAAAAGGGUCUGGGAGAACCAAAUGAUGUAUUAGGUGAAGCGGUGCAUUGUGGGAAUCACAAAGCAAAUAGUACUCCAGAAAGACAAAUAUCAGAAGCUUCCCAUUCUAUUAUUUUUUUUUUUUUUUUUUGAGACAGGGUCUUGCUCUGUUGCCCAGGCUAGAGUGCAGGGGUGAUCACUGCUCAUUGUAGUGUUGAACUCCUGGGCCCAAGCAAUUCUCCCACCUCAGCCUCCCGAGUAGCUGGGACUACUAAGUGUGCACCACCAGGCCUGGCUAAGUUUGUGAACUUUUGUAGUGAUAGGAUCUCACUAUGUUGCCCAGGGUGGUCUCAAACUCCUGGCCUCAAGCGAUCCUCUCACCUCGGCCUCCCAAAGUGCUGGGAUUACAGGUGUGAGCCACCUCGCCUGGGCCUCCUUCUCCAUAUGCCUCCAAAAAUAUGUCCCUGGAGAGUAGCCUGCUCCCACACUGUCACUGGAUGUCAUGGGGUCAAUAAAAUCUCCUGCGAUUGUGUAUCUCA